UCCUCUUCUUCUUCAAACUCAGCGCAAAGGUCUUUGACUUUGAAACAUGGCUGCGUUCAGGGAAACACCAUAACACUGCAGUCCACAAUGUCCCUUCUACCUUCUUCAUUAUAUAUUUCUCAAAAGAGCAGUCGCUUAUUGCUUUGACCAGACAUGUCCGAUAAAGAGGCCGGUAUGGGGAAGGAGAGUCCCGGGGAAAAGGGUUACAGAGCCCCCGGGAUGAGGGGCGCGCAGACCACCAGCAUGUUCCGAGUCUUCAACCCCGAACUCUUCAUCAAGCCGAACAAACCGGUGAUGGCGUUUGGACUGGUGACCAUCACUCUGUGUGUGGGAUACCUGGGCUACAUGCACGCCAUGAAAGAAAAUGACCAGCAGCUGUACGAGGUCAUCGACAGCGAAGGAGAGAAAUACAUGAGGAGGAAGACCUCCAAAUGGGACUGACAACAUAUUAUAAAGCUGUGUGUGUGGGUAUGUGUGUGUGUAUAUUAUGAGAACUUUGUAAAUUAAACUGGAUUCAAACAAGGACCUAAAUAAAUUCAUGUAACCUC